CCACCCCCACACUUUCCUCUAUAUCUUCCCCUCGAAUCAUCUCUCCUUCCUCUCUCACUCGCCUUCUUCCAUUUUCAAAUUUCCUCCUUCCCUUCACCCUGCAAAUGCUACUCUGUUGCUUCUAAGUUCCGAUCCUUCCUCCUCUGUUUUGCUAUCCCCAUUUACCCUUCUUCGCUUUCAAAAUUUUCUUUUGGCGAUCUGGGAACUGGGAAAAUGAGUCCCCAGCAGCAACAACUGCCCAGAAACAUUCAAACCAUUGCUGGGUUUCGCGUAUUUCAUCAUAAAGGAGCGAACUUUCCGCCUCUUUCGUCUCCUUCCCCUGUUCCUCAGCUUUCUCUUCCCAGAGCUGAAAUGGUGGUUCAGAUUCCCACCGAGGGCAGUUCGGCGCUGGUUAUGGGUCAGAACAAGCGGCCGUUCUGGAGCCUUUCUCUGGACUUAAACGAAAACGAUGAAGAAGAAGGAGGAGAAGGAGAAGGAGAAGAAGAAGAAGCAGGGGAAGCAGAGCAUUACUCUGCUCCCGGCAGAAAUGGCAGCCGGAAGAAGCUCUGUGCUAGAGGACACUGGCGACCCGCUGAAGACUCCAAGCUCAAAGAGCUCGUCUCUCAGUACGGCCCUCAGAACUGGAACUUGAUCGCUGAGCAUCUCCAAGGAAGAUCAGGGAAGAGUUGCAGGCUGCGGUGGUUCAACCAGCUUGACCCAAGAAUAAACCGGAGGGCAUUCAGCGAGGAGGAAGAAGACCGGCUUCUGGCUGCUCACCGCGUGUACGGAAACAAAUGGGCGAUGAUCGCCAGGCUGUUCCCGGGGAGGACCGACAAUGCCGUCAAGAACCACUGGCACGUCAUCAUGGCCAGACGGCAGCGCGAGCAAUCCAACGUCUACCGCCGGCGAAAGCCAGUUUCUCCUCCUCCUCCUCCUCCUUCUUCCUCUGUUUCCCCUGUUUCUUCCCCUGCUUCCCAAUCUCGUCAGUUACCGAUCCCAAACAAAAGAUUCACCACCGUUCACCAAAACGGCAGCGAAUCGACGACGACGAGCGGCGAUCGAUCCACUUGUACAACCGAUCUAUCCCUCACACCUUCCUCCAACAAGAGAGCGACUCCUCACUUACCCUUCUCCAGGUUCAGCCCACCGGCGAAACAACAAAUGGAUGCUGUUGUGGGUGCAGAAAAGGAGGUAAUCAUAAUGAAGAGAUCCGGAGACAGCAACAAUACCCACAGCUGUUACAGCAAUGGGUCAAAUCAUGACAAGGAAAAUGGCAGCGGCGUGAACCAAUCCGGUGGUGGGUCGGAUCAUUCUGAGAGCAGCGGGUCAGUUGGAACCGUCGGCGGGAAAAGCUUCAGGCGAGAGAAGAUAAUCAGAACAAGUGAUGGUGACAAUGGGAAUGAGGAGAUCAUGACCUUCCAUUUCAUCGAUUUCCUAGGAGUUGGAGCUACCAAUUGAUGAUGAUGAAAAAUAUGAAGCUGGGCUGCUUGUUCUAUUCCCCCUUUUGCCCCCCUUGUUGGUUCUCUUUGCGAGUCAGGUGGAAUUUUAUGAGGCAGGGGAAAGUGCUCUGAAACAGAGGGGAAUUGUAUGGGCAGAGAAGAGAAGCUGAUGGACUGAUUCAGUCUGCUGUUUUUUUGGCUUGUGUACAGGGUUGCAAUCGUAACAAUGAGAGUUGAAGAGAGAAAGAUAGAGAGUGUGUUCGAGUAGUUUAUGAGCUAAUAAUAAAAACGAGGUGCUUAGAGUAGUAGUCGUCCCUGUCUCGAGAGAAAGCUGAGUUUUGUUUGUCUAAACAUGUCUUCCAGUCCUGUUUUUGAUAUUCAGAGUUUCUUCAAGAGUACAUCAAUGUAAAAAAUGAAACCAGUCCUCGCGUUGUUUUUUUUGGGUUCUUACUGGU